CGCUGUAGGCAUUACCAACCAGCUUUCCUGCCAAAUACAUGUCCUAGAUGCAGACUCAUUGCGCGGCGUCGGAUGCUGUGCAGGUGGGAGAGCAAAACACGCGUGAAAACAGAUAGGAGCGGGCGAAAUGACAUGGACAGGUCUUGCAGAGGGAUGCAAAAGAAAAGCCAUCGGUAGACCUCUCCGUACAUAUUCUUACGUGCCACAUCCAUCCGCAAUAUCACACCUUUACUCUCUCCGGCUGAUGCUGCUGCUGAUGUCUCUGCAGUGAGAUAUUUGGAGGUGUCUGACUCUGCACUGACUUUCAUCUGGAGCUGAGCUGUUUUUUUUUUCCUGGAUCCCCAGUGUUCUGAUCCUGAGCUCCUACUCUGAUUAUUAGGAACAACCUGGAGACCCCUUACUCAUCUACCUCGACAUCUCUCUUUACCCUGCUGCUACCUCUGCUUAACCUAACCAAGAUAGAUGACCCUGGGAGGUUGUGCUUGAGUGGGCCCUGCUGGGAGAAGUAAUGAUUUGUAUGUAGACCCUACUCUGUUCCAACAAUGAGCCACCAGGAGGCACCACGUGGCCAGGAAUUGAGAGAGGCAGCUGAGGCAGAUCUAGAGCGUAGGGGCCCAGAGGGUCAACAGCCCCCCUCAUCCCACCGUAGGCGCCACAAUAAUGGAGAUGGCAGCUCCCGCUCCAAUCGCUCCCGCAACCAUGGCACAGAGAAUAAUCACUACCAGUCCCAACAGCAGGGAGCUCCACGUUACCGCAGAUGUGAGGGAUCUAAUGGAGGGACGAAUCGCACACAUGCAGCGAGGAGGCCAGAAGGAGAAGGCGAUACAGAGCUGCAAACCAUUCAGCAGCCCAUACCAAGACCUGCAGUGACACGCUACCGCAGACAGGGGGACAAUGAGGCCCGACUCCGGGCACAGCAACAGAGACAACGUCAGCGGGAGAGGCAGCAGAGAGAUGCAGAGAGAGCCGAGCAGCACAGACUGGAGCAACAACAGCAACUCCUCUCCCCUACACAAACCAUGGCCACCAGAGAACCAGAGGAAGCUGAGGAAGAUGAAGGAGAUGGCAGCAGUGCUUUAGCCCGAUCUGCCAGCACUGAGAGUGGCUUCCACAACCACACGGACCGGGCAGAGGGGGAUGCAGUCAUGGUCCUGGAAGCAGAACCUGAAGAUGAAAACACUUAUGGUAUCCCGCUUCGUCCAGAAGCAGAAGAGUACACUGAGAGUGCAGAGUCAGAGCAACAGCAUGGUGGUCCUGCUUAUCUCCAACCCCAGUAUCCACCUCAACCACCCCCACUACCUCGAGAGCCCCUACCUAAUGCAGAGAGACCUCUUGAUGCAGAGACGCUAAACCCAAACUACUCCAAUUAUGUUUACACACAACCCAUGUACCAUAGUCCCACCGAAGCUGGAGAGACCCAUGAAGGAGGAGCAACAGAAGAUGAGCAAUACUCUGAGCCCUAUGUUGAUUACACCCUUCAGGAGCAUGUUUAUGAAGAAAUCACAGAUGCUCCCUUAUCUAGAGCUGAGGGACAGACUCCGCCACAGCAAAGGCCAGAGUUCAGACUAUUUGAACGUGACUUGUAUCAGCAGCAGGAAGCUGUUGGGUCCAGACUCCACCACUAUGAUGAGCGAUCUGACGGAGAGUCAGACAGCCCUGAAAAGGAGGCAGAGUUUGCCCCAUAUCCCCGCGCAGACAGUUGCGAGCAAGAUGAAGACAUUGACCAGAUUGUGGCAGAGGUCAAAGAGAGUCUGAGCUCACAGAGCCUGGAUCGUGUUGCCAUGGGCUUGAACAAAGAUGGGGAUAAAGAAGAAGAUUGGCCUGAGUCAGAGUCCCAUGGUCAAAUGAACGACAACAACCCCUUGGAGCUAGUGAGUGAAGGAGAGCCUCCUAGAAGUCCUUCAGAAGAGCCAGCUCCAGUCAUCAGGAGCAGUCGUGAGAAGAGAGAUGCAAUUUCGCUGGCUAUUAAGGACAUCAAGGAGGCGAUAGAGGAGGUGAAGACAAGGACGGUCCGCUCGCCUUACACACCAGAUGAGCCCAAAGAACCUAUCUGGGUAAUGAGGCAGGACCUGAGUCCUACGACAGAAUCUGACCUACAGCCAUCUUUGGGAGCUGAUUCUCCAGGAUCAGGCUCCACCUCCCCACAAGGGGCGGAGUCAUCCAGCCAUCAAAUGAUGUCACAAGAGGGGAGUGACAGCUUUGAGUCUCCAUCUCCAGCUGGUAAAGAGUCAAGGAGAAGUCUUGCUUCAUUCCCAACAUAUGUGGAAGUACCAGGGCCGUGUGACCCAGAGGACCUUAUUGAUGGUAUUAUCUUUGCUGCUAAUUACCUGGGAUCCACCCAGCUGCUCUCAGACAAGACACCCUCCAAAAAUGUGCGCAUGAUGCAGGCUCAGGAGGCUGUGAGUCGCAUUAAGACGGCCCAGAAAUUAGCCAAAAACAAGAAGAAGGCUCCAGAAGGUGAUGCUCAGCCCAUGACAGAGGUGGAUCUCUUCAUUUCUACUCAGAGAAUCAAAGUGCUCAAUGCAGACUCACAGGAAACCAUGAUGGACCACCCUUUAAGGACCAUUUCCUAUAUUGCUGAUAUUGGGAACAUUGUGGUGCUGAUGGCCAGAAGGAGAAUGCCUCGCUCUGACUCUCAGGAGAACAUGGAGGCCUCUGACCCAGCCCAGGAUGAGAAGCGCCAAUACAAGAUGAUCUGUCACGUCUUUGAGUCUGAAGAUGCUCAGCUCAUAGCUCAGUCCAUCGGCCAGGCUUUCAGCGUUGCUUACCAAGAGUUCCUGCGUGCCAAUGGCAUCAACCCAGAGGAUCUGAGCCAGAAAGAGUACAGUGACCUCCUUAACACACAGGAUAUGUACAACGAUGACCUUAUUCACUUUUCCAAGUCUGAGAACUGCAAAGAUGUUUACAUAGAGAAGCAGAAGGGAGAGAUUCUUGGGUUGGUGAUUGUAGAAUCGGGUUGGGGCUCUAUCCUGCCCACUGUUAUUAUAGCAAACAUGAUGCACGGCGGCCCAGCAGAGAAGUCUGGCAGACUGAACAUCGGAGACCAGAUCAUGUCCAUCAAUGGCACCAGCCUGGUGGGAUUGCCCCUCUCCACCUGCCAGAGUAUUAUCAAGGGAUUGAAGAACCAAUCUAGAAUAAAGCUCAACAUUGUGAGAUGCCCACCUGUGACCACUGUCCUCAUUAGAAGACCAGAUCUGAGAUACCAGCUGGGGUUUAGUGUACAGAAUGGCAUUAUUUGCAGUCUGAUGAGAGGAGGGAUAGCAGAACGGGGCGGGGUGCGUGUCGGCCACCGGAUCAUUGAGAUCAAUAGUCAAAGUGUUGUGGCCACCCCUCAUGAGAAGAUUGUACACAUUUUGUCCAAUGCAGUUGGUGAGAUUCACAUGAAGACUAUGCCAGCUGCCAUGUACCGCUUGCUAACAGCCCAGGAGCAACCUGUUUACAUCUAAAACUGCGACAUGAUCUCAAUCUGUUGUCACCAGAUAUAACCUUAAUCUUGAUGUGAAAGUGUCAGGCCUGUGAACUGGUUGAAUCCACUGAAGCUCAGCUCAACAUGCUUUUCCGUGAGGCUUCAGUUGGUCUUCAUCUGUUGUUUUCUGUUGCUGUGAGUGAGUAUGCUGUGCUGUGUCAUUUCUCUUUCUCUCUGGGCACUUGAAAAGAAGCAAACAUAGAGUCAGAAAUAUUGAAUGAGCCCCAUCACAGGAGAAGGUGCCCUUCAAAAUUCCUAUCCAUUUGUUAAAUUCAAACGCUCUAUCAGAUGCCAGAUGUGAAGAACCAAUGGUACUAAUAUAUACUUACAGUAUGCUGUAAUACUAUUGAAAAUCAUAAUCAAAAUGUAUAUAUCCUUGCCUAAUUUCUGAGUUCAGACACUGAUUCAUCUUUUAUUCAUUCUUAAAAGAGCCAUUGCUAAAAAGUGGUGUAAUGCAAUGUGUAGGGAUGUAACCAUUCACUUCGAUUCAGCACGAUUCGUGACACGGAAAGUUUUUCUAACAGAAUGAGACGAUUUAGAAAUGAACAAGUUUUUGUUAUUUCUCAAAUGCU